AUGACCAGCAGACCCUGUGCAUGUUGCAUGACUUGUCCUUGCUGCCCGGGGUGUAAUUGCUGCAAGAGAUGUCUAAAAGUAUAUGGCACAAGACAAUCCAGCCUGUGCUGGAAGUUUGUGUUUACAGAUGAACGGAACUGUGAUUGUUGCUAUUGCCCACAUGAUGAUGACACCAUCUGCCAGUGCUGUCACUGUGCGUUCUCGGAAAGCCCCAAUUGUCGCUGGUGCUGCUGCUCCUGUGCUAAUAAUAGAAACUGCAAGUGCUUGUGCUGUACCGAGGAGAAUAAUGAAUGUCAGUGCUAUGAAAGUAGGUGUUGCACUUUUCCAUAUUUGCCAUACAGACGUGGAGCUAAAUUACGAAGAAGAGCCCGAGGGGCAAGUGAUACAUCUGUCAUUACAUUGGAUAAAGAACCUUCUGGACAUGCUUUUAUUGACCAGCUUGUAUGCCCAUUGUGCCAACGAAUGUUUAUCCGCCCAUUUAUGUUGCCUUGUAACCACUGCAUUUGUGAUAGAUGUAUCAUGCAGAGCAGACUGAAUGCUGAAAUUACGGAGAGUUUCUACAUCAUCACAUGUCCAAUCUGCAACAAAGCACAUUGCCUACCAUUUUCUAAGAAAAUGUAUCUGAGGAUUAAUUAUUUAAGGGCAAGAUUAGCUAGAAAGUAUAUGCGCCGAUACGGUUUUCUAAGAUGGAGGUUUGACAAAAGCUAUGUCCCAAUCUAUUGUCAGAUUUGCGAUGAGCGCAAGGCGGACAAGAGAUGUUUGUCAUGUCAGCUGAACUACUGUAAUUUUUGCCUGAGGAAUUAUCACCAAGAUAUUUCUUCCUUAAAUCAUGCCUAUGCUAAAAUUGGUGAAGACAUCUGGGAAGACAAAAACUGCUUAAUCCAUGGUGAAACAGCGCUUUCCAAAUACUGCCUUGAAGAUCAUGAACUACUAUGUGAAUAUUGUGCUGAGGCUCAACAUAAUGAUCAUAACAAAGUUUCUUUAUCAGUAGCAUGCACGAAAAUGUCUGCUAUGUUAUUUACGACCAUUGCAAAGUUUAAAAAAGUCCGGUAUGUAAUCGAUAAUGACCUAAUGGAAGUCCUUGUAUUAAAAACCAAUUUUAAAUCUUACAAAGAAGCCAAAAGGAAAGAGCUCAGGAAUGGUUUUAUGAGGUUACGGAUGAUAAUUCAAGAGCGUGAAAAAGAAAUGAUGGAGGCAGUAGAAAACCUUGAAUUUCAGAAACAAAAGGCACUUUUUGAAUUUGCAAGCCAUGCAACAAGGAAAAUUGAUCAAAUGGACAGCCUCAUGCAAUAUUCUAAGGAAGCUUUAAAAGAACAAAGCCCUAUUGCAUUCCUACAAUCUGCCUGGAGCUUAAUAAAGGAAGUAGAAGAUAUAAUUGCAGGUCUUUAUCAGCCCAACCCAUACCUUAAGGAAGAUCCAAUAAAGCAUCUUAAACUCAACUUUGAGGAGCUUGCUGAAAACCUAAUAAGCAUUUUCCCAUCAAUCCGCAAUAAAUUACGAUAUGAACAAGUGAACAAAAGCCCUUAUCCUUGCGGUUCUGAUGUCAUGAUUCCAAGGACUGUUUCAAGUGCACACAUUUCAAAUCCACUAGGACUGAACAGAAGCUUCUCCUUAUCAUCAUUUCAUUCACUAGCUGAUCAAACCUUUAUGAACAAUGAACUGCAUAUUAGACCAAAAUCAUCACCACCAACAGAGCUGAAAGGAAAUCAAUUGUAUUCUAUUUGGAAUGCCGCAUCAGAUACUUUAAAAGAUACAAGAAGCUAUCCAAACUAUGGACCCAGUUACAAUCCAGAGGUACAGGAAGAAUAUUCUUCACCUCCUGGUCUUGUUGUUAUUUACCAAACUCUUGUCUACCCAACUGUUGCUAAGCUUUAUUGGACCUGUCCAACAGAAGAAGUAGAUAGCUUUGAAGUUGCUUAUUAUGAAGUAGUUGAUGAAGAGGCACCUGAAAGUUUAAUCCAGCCACAACUCAUAGGAGUACUUACUGGAAUUGUACAACAGAAUCUGGAAAUACAUAAUCUGUCCCCUAAUACAGAGUAUCUCUUUAAAGUUCGAGCUGUCAAUGAGAAUGGCCCAGGAGAAUGGAGUGAAGUCUGUAAGGUGAUGACUCCAGAUGUGCGUGCCAAAGCCAAAGCCAGAUGGGGUUUGCUGAGAAAUGUUCAAUCUGCUUUCCGCAGAUAA